CGCGUGCUCCAAGGCCCCCCGCCGCGCGCCCGCGCCAAGAGUAGGGAAACGGACUGGGAGGCAGGGGGCGCGCGAGAGCAGCAGACGGCGCGCUCCUCCAGGCCACGCGUUGCCCUAGGCAACCAGCCGGGACUAUGGGAUUACUGUAGAGUGGAGUGGGAAGGGAGCGGGAGGCUGUGGAAGGAAGGGGAAGGACCGGCCAAGAUGGCGGAGGAUCUGGACGAACUGUUGGAUGAGGUGGAGUCUAAAUUCUGCCGACCCAAAUCCUUGAGUCCGGGACCCCUGGAGCGGCCGCCGCGUAGGAGCAGCGCGGUGACCUGCAGCAGGAACAGCGCCGACCGGGACACGGAGGACUACGACUAUGACGAAGACUACGACGAAGACGUUGAGGACAACGAUGACGACGAAGACCUCAGAUCAACUAAAAUAUUACUGAAAGCUGAUGAUGAUCUUGAUGGCCUAAUUAAUGAAAUCUUUGAAGAGCCCUGUUUUGACAAAAAGCCUGUUAAAUUAAAACCUAAAUCUUCAAAUCACACAUCUGUCAGAACUUCCAUUCAAGUGCUUGGCAAAAGAUGCAGUCCAGUAUACGUUGGAGGAAGUUCUGCUCCAUGUGGUAUAGGAACAAAUACUUCCCAGAGAACGUGUGACCAACUGCGGUGUACAGCCUGUGACUUCCGUGUAUUAAGCUUUGAUGACUAUAAGUGGGAUAAAUCCUGUGAUUAUCUGUUUUUCAGGAACAACAUGCCUGAAUUCAACAAGUUGAAAGCAAAGAUGACAAAGCGGAAAGGGACACGGGCCUAUGCUUGCCAGUGUAGUUGGAGAGAUGUAGAAGAACUCACUGACCUCCGGACUGAUCAGCAACUUCGAUGGGUUUGUGGUAAACAUAACGAGUGAAGUUUUCUCACCUUCCAGCCAGUUAUUAUGGAAGGGCCAGCUUUUAUGGGAGCAGACUCUGGGAUGAUUUUAUGAUGAAGCAAGGAAGACAACUGUCAUCAUUUGUGUCUCUUAGCCAAAGAGGGUGGAAUUAUUUGAGUAAAUUUUACAAAUUUCCAAAGUCCAAUGGGCUAGGAAAGAUAAUCAGGCUUUAAUACUUCAGAAUCAUUCUUUUCUCCUUACUAAUAUGUGUGAGUAUUGCCUGUUACAAGCAAAGUCACAAGUUAAACUCUCCCCAUUUCUUGAAACCCUGGUGUUUGCCCUCUUCUCUGUCUCUUUUUAGGCCACAUGAUGUUCUUUCACCAUCAAGUAUUAUAAAGACACACACACACACACACACACACACAUACACAUACAUAUUUAUAUAUUUCCCCUGAUUACAUGUUAAAACCAUUUUUUAACAUCUGGAUGGGUUUUUUAAGUUUUGAGUUUCAUAGUAAUAUAAACAAGUAGCAUCUAAUGUAAAUAUUGUUGAAAUGUUGACUACUGCACACAAAAAGUCCCUCAUUCUAAACCAUAUGUGUAUUGGUAUCUUCCAUAUCUGUCCAAUCUAGUGUUGCCAAAGACCAUAAGAAGUUGUAGCAGAAACCACAGACUGACUGUGAUCUCAUACCCAGUUGGUGUUCUCUCAUCCCUCUGGAGGCAUUUUACAGAAUUCUCAAAUAGGUUAACCCAUUUUUGGCAUUUUGGUAACCUCAUCCUGGUCACUUUGACACUCCAUUUAUAUCAGAAAAACAUCUUUUGAUGGGCCAUUUUACUUGUACAUGCUUGUUUCAGUGCGAGAAAUUUUGGGGACUCAAAACUAUAAAUAUUCAUCAAAAACAUACACACAUAAUACAUAAAUGCAAUAAUGGUAUAUGGAUGCCAUUGGGUUUUUUUUUCUGUUUCCACUAUAUUAGUGUCUUCAGUCCCCAGCAUAUUAUUGACAUUCAACAAAUGAUUUAAUAAUAUCCCAAUGUCAGUAAAAUGGUUUUGAGUUCUCAAUUAUAAGGUUUUUAGUACUACACUAUCUUGUAUCUAAAAUGUGGAUGAAGUAUUAUGUUUAAGUAUAAAUGGCUAUUUUAUUAUAGGUAAUCUGAUUAAAAUGUGACUCUUAGUAUCAAUAUAAAAGAAAAUUACAAUUUCUCCAGAUCUUAGAAAAAAAAGCUAAUAGAUUUUAAACUGUUUACAGAUGUCCUACCGAAAUCCUUACUAAAUUUUAGAAUCUUUUCUAUCUUUGCCUAAUGUGUAUCUUGUCCAAAAAAAAAAAGGAGCCAGUGACUUUGUUCUGUGCACUCAGACCUUCAUCCUGCCUCAAUAAGACAUCAAAUAUAAGUUUCACAGUUUGUGUUUGUUAACAUUUUCUAUAUUAUUCAAUAAAGAUAGUACUGACUUAGCAGCUGGCACUUCUUAAAUAAGAAUCCUUACCUCCGAGUGUCAUGAUUUAAAUUAUGCCAGUAGUGACAUCACCCUGUCAUGAUUUGUUUGAUAUGCUGACAACUGUCUGGUCCUUCAGCAUCCUUUGUAAAAGGGUGCAUAACAUGCAUGUUUAAUUAAACUGAAUUAAAUUUUAAGAACUUCCCAGCAUCCCUUGAAAUAAUUGGAGACAGGGCACCAGCUUUUGGCUGCUGCUGAACUGCCAAGCUGGCGCCCCAUGCUUCCCAUAUAUCGUCCCUUGUCCCUGCCUCUUCCUGGUUUGCUUGGACUUCUUAGUGUGGACAGGAUUCACAUAUCAGACCAGGAGGCCACCUCCCUUGGCCUCCAGCAACCUUGGCACCUUGACCAUUUAGCCAACCUUUAUUCAUUCUGUUUCUAGAUGAAAGUGGGGGGGAACUACCAAGAACCUCUUUUCUUAGCUUUUCCAUACUUCAGACAGAAAGAACUCCUUUGCAACUUUCCCAAGAAAUCCAGGUUCAUAUUUUGGGAGCUGCAAAAAUUAAAGAGAAAAUGUCUAGUAGCUCUAUAUCUCCUUGAGUACAAAGUUAAUGAGAUAUGUGUAAUGGAUAUUUAAUGUUGCUUGACACUUAUAUGUUACUGACAACAGAAGUGCUUGAUGUAAAAAUAAGGUCUAAAAGUUCCUGUUUUCACUCCCAUCUAUACUCUCUUAAAUCCUUUCCAGCUGCCAGUACAAUAAAGAUAAUAAUAUAGGA